CGUACCCGGAAGCGGCUGGAGGAUGAGGCUGGAGUUGUUGGUGUCUCUGGGAGGGAGGUGACGUCACCGGCUGUCUGUUUUCCCUGCGAGACAGCCCCGGUGUGAGACUGCUGCACCUGUCCUCCGACAUACUGAGAGACAGCCACCCAGAGAGGGAGGCAGCUGCCGAUAGCUGGAUACAGUGAGAGGGCAUUGCCUGAGGCCUUAUGCUGCACAAAGAGCAGAUACCGGAGGACCUGAGACACUCACCGAGAGCAGGAGACACAAUGAGACCACAGCCCCUGGCCUAAGAGGUGUCCUGUACUGGAUAAUACAGACAGAGGGAGGCUGGUAUGUACUGAGCUGCUCCGAGGCCUCCCGAAGCCCAGAUUAACUCACCAUGGCCGUGUUCCGACAGCUGGGGCUCCUACUCUGGAAGAAUUACAUUCUACAGAAACGCCAGGUGGUGGUGACGGUGAUUGAGUUGGCACUCCCGCUCCUGUUCUCCGCUAUUCUCAUUGCCUUAAGACAAAGGGUUGAGUCGGUGACGUACCCCAAUGCUACAAUAUACAAUGAUAUGGAUUUUCCCACCAUGCCCUGGUUCUUUUACUCCAAGCGCACAUGGGAGCUAGCGUAUGUUCCAUCUCACAGUGACUCUGUUCGGGAUAUUGUAAAGACGGUGGAGAAGAAUUUGGGCAUCGAUAUCCGUGCCAGAGGAUUUCCCACCGAAAGGGAUUUUGAGGAGUUUAUCAAACAUGACAACCAGUCGGGUAAUGUCCUGGCCUCUUUGGUCUUUGAGCACCAGUUCAACAGCAGUGAUGAUCCUUUACCACUUCAGGUCCGGUACAAGUUACGGUUUAAAUACAGCCCUCGUAAUGCUCCGAUGAAUGAAAAAAUAGGUAUCAACCCAAACGUGGAUCGUAACUGGCGUACAAGGUACCUGUAUCCACUCUUCCAGCUGCCAGGACCACGGGAGCGAACAGAUGCGAGUGGUGGCACACCAGGGUAUCAGCGAGAAGGUUUCCUGGCAGUGCAGCACCAUGUAGAUCGGGCGAUUAUGUACUAUCACGCCAAUGAAACUGGACGGACUUUCCUGGAAACAGUCGAUGUUGCCAUACGACGCUUUCCUUUCCCACCGUAUGUCAAUGACCUCUUCAUCCUGGCUAUACAGAACCAGCUUCCCUUGCUCCUAAUGCUCAGCUUCACUUACACUUCUUUGAGCAUUGUGCGUGCCCUGGUCCUGGAGAAGGAGCGGAAACUGAAGGAGUACAUGCGUGUGAUGGGACUGAAGUCCUGGCUCCACUCCUUUGCUUGGUUCAUCCAUUUCUUCCUCCUCCUCUUGGUGUCAGUCUCCUUUGUCACUCUCCUUCUCUGUGUCCAGGUCAGUGGCCAGGGAGCAGUACUCACACGAAGUGAUCCUACUGUAGUCUUUGCCUAUCUCAUGGUCUUUGCAGUGUCCACCAUCUCCUUCAGUUUCAUGAUCAGCAGCUUUUUCUCAAGAGCAAACAUGGCAGCUGCAGCUGGUGGUUUCCUGUAUUUCUUCUCCUAUAUCCCUUACUUCUUCAUCUCUCCACGGUACGACAUAAUAACUCAUAGUGAGAAGCUGGUAUCUUGUCUGAUUUCCAACGUGGGUAUGGCCAUGGGAGCGCAACUUAUCGGCAUGUUCGAGGGGAAAGGCACGGGAGCCCAGUGGUCAAAUUUAUUUACCCCAGUCAGCGUGGAUGACAACUUCACUCUGGGUCAAGUUUUGGGACUGCUGCUGCUUGAUUCUAUCCUCUACUCCAUCAUUGGGUGGUACGUGGAGUCUGUCAUGCCGGGAGACUAUGGAGUGCCCCAGCCUUGGUACUUCUGCAUUCUGCCUUCAUAUUGGUGUGGGACUCCCAGAGACGCAGAUUUCAUCGAGUGGGAAGAUGAUGAAGAUCCUGAAAAGAUGCUGAGAGGGGAGUACUUGGAAGAAGACCCAUCGGAUUUGAUAACAGGCGUCCGUAUUAAACAUUUAACCAAGGCGUUCCGUGUCAAUGGUAAGAGGCGUGUUGCCGUGAGGGAUCUCACACUUAACAUGUAUGAAGGACAGAUUACUGUGCUACUGGGACAUAAUGGAGCUGGCAAGAGUACCACCUUGUCCAUGCUGACCGGCCUUUUCCCCCCAUCCUCUGGCGAAUGCUAUAUUGGUGGCUAUGAGAUCUCUCGAGAUACUGCUCUUAUUAGACGAAAUCUGGGGUUGUGCCCGCAACAUGACGUCUUGUUCCAGGGUCUUACAGUUGAGGAGCACCUAUAUUUCUACGCAGGCUUAAAAGGAUGUCCGCGCUGGCGCUGCCCCGAGGAGGUGGACAAGAUCCUGCAAAUCCUGAGGAUAGAGGAGAAACGUUCAGCUUUGAGCACCCAGCUGUCUGGGGGAACCUGCCGCAAACUGUCUAUCGGGAUUGCCUUAAUUGGAGGGUCCAAAGUUGUGAUGCUGGAUGAACCUACAUCUGGCAUGGACCCAGCCUCUCGCAGAGAUACGUGGGAGCUUCUGCGGCAGCACAAAAAGAACUGCACCCUCCUCCUCACCACACAUUUCAUGGACGAGGCUGACCUGCUGGGAGACAGAAUUGCCAUAAUGGCUCAGGGCCAGUUGCAGUGCUGUGGAUCUCCGCUCUUCCUCAAAAGCAAAUAUGGUGCCGGAUACCAUAUGGUGAUGGUAAAGCAACCACACUGCCAGGUGGAGGAAAUCACAGACCUCAUCACCAGCUAUGUACCCUGUGCCACCCUGGAGAGUAAUGCAGGAGCAGAAUUAUCUUACAUCUUGCCCAAAGAGAGUACCCACAGAUUUGAGCCACUAUUCUCGGAGCUGGAACGUCGCCACAAUGAGUUGGGCAUUUCCAGUUAUGGAGCAUCUGUCACCACUAUGGAGGAAGUAUUUUUACGGGUGGGGAAACUUGUGGACAGCAGUCUGGACCUUCAGGCUAUCCAGCUGCCUGCUCUCCAGUAUCAGCAUGAACGCCGGGCCAAUGACUGGGCAGCCGAGGAGUCCUGCUCCAUGAGCGACUGCACAGAGGACAGCGGAACGCUGAUUACGGAUGACUGUUCCAACAUCAAGCUUAAUGGAGGGUUUUCCCUUUGGUGCCAACAAUUCUACGCCCUUUUCGUAAAACGCGCAGCUUACAGCUGGAGAAACUGGAAGAUGGUUGUGGGGCAGUUCUUGGUCCCUCUGGUAUUCACCACAUUGGCUCUGGUUGUAGGGAAAACAUUCCCAGGACCCCAAGACUCCCCAGCAUUGGAGAUGACCUUAGCACCCUAUGGAUACACGGCUGUGCCGUACUCCCUCCCUCCCAAUGCUUCUCUCCUGCUGCAGAGCCUGGCGCAAAGCUUCAGAGAUCAGCUUGACGGACAAUAUGUGGAGCCACAAGAAGUGCUAGGCAACCUUGAUGACUAUCUCCUGGCAAAGGCUUCUGAGGAGGGCGCCCUGUUUGCCGAACACUGCCUCUGUGCUGCUGAGAUCCUGAACGACGGAUCCCGCACUCGUGUCACGGCCCGUUUCAAUAACCAGGCGUAUCAUUCAGUGGCCGCUGCCCUCGCUCUGGCUGAUAACGCUCUCUUCAAGCUGAUUGCCGGCCCCAAUGCUUCCAUUUCAGUCACCAACUACCCUCAGCCACGAAACACCUCCGAGACUGCUCAGGAUGAGCUUUUGGAGGGUCAGACCGGUUUUGCCAUCGCCAUUAAUCUUCUGUAUGGAAUGGCUUCCUUGGCUAGCACAUUUUCUCUGCUGUUAGUUGGAGAGAGGGCGGUGAAGUCCAAGCACGUGCAAUUCGUGAGCGGGGCGUCUUCCUUCAGUUACUGGCUGUCUGCGCUGACCUGGGACUUGCUCAACUUCCUAAUACCGUGUGCCCUGAUGCUCGUGGUAUUCCAGGCCUUUGGAGUGCGUGCAUACACGGAUGAUCACCACCUAGUGGAUGUGAUGCUGAUGUUACUGCUGUACGGCUGGGCGGUCAUUCCUCUCAUGUACCUCUUCAGUUUUCUGUUCACCUCCACUGCCACUGCAUACACCCGACUCACAAUUUUCAACAUCCUAUCAGGCACUGCCAGCUUCCUAUCUGUCACUAUCAUGAGCAUUCCAGCCCUCGGUUUGGUGGAUCUCUCUAAGACCCUGGACCUUGUUUUUCUGGUUCUCCCCAACUAUUGCUUGGGGAAAUCGUUCAGUGACUUUUACAAAAACUACCACACCCUGAAAUUCUGCUCCUCCUCCCUCACAUCGGAAAUUGCCUGCAAAUUACUGAACAUCUCCUAUCAAACAAACUACUACUCUUUCUCCGAGCCGGGAGUGGGGCGCUACUUGACGUCUAUGGCUGUUCAAGGCUUGACCUUCCUUUGCCUCCUUUUCAUAAUCGAAAGCCAGAUUCUCUGCCAAUUGUUCCGAUUCCGACGUCAUCACUGGUCUGCGUUUCCCGAGUCCCCAGUGACUCCCCCAGAGGACCGAGAUGUGGCUGAUGAGAGGAAGAAGGUUUUAGAGUCUCCCGUAGAGGAGCUGUCUGCACUCAGCAGCCCACUAGUAAUCCGAGAACUCAGCAAGGUUUAUGGGCGCCGAGCCUUUGUCCUGGCCGUUGACCGUAUCUCUCUAGCUAUAAGCCGGGGAGAAUGCUUUGGGCUACUCGGUUUUAAUGGAGCGGGUAAGACCACCACGUUCCGGAUGCUAACUGGGGACGAAAGCGUCAGCUCAGGGGAUGCGUAUAUUGAUGGGUACAGCAUCCUACACAACAUCAAGAAGGUCCAGCAAAGGAUUGGUUAUUGUCCACAGUUUGACCCCCUGCUGGACCACAUGACAGGCCGGGAAACCCUGUACAUGUAUGCUCGACUUAGGGGCGUGCCUGAGACCUAUAUCAACAGCUGUGUAGAGGAUAUGCUGCGGGGACUGCUCCUGGAGGCCCAUGCCAAUAAGCUGGUGCGGGCGUAUAGUGGUGGGAACAAGAGAAAGCUCAGUGCCGGUAUUGCUUUGAUUGGCGGCCCACCAGUCAUUUUCAUGGAUGAACCAUCCACAGGAAUGGACCCCGUGGCCCGUAGAUUGCUGUGGGAUGCAGUGACAAGGAUGCGGGAGAGUGGAAAGGCUGUGAUCAUCACUUCCCAUAGCAUGGAGGAGUGCGAAGCACUUUGUACCCGGCUCGCCAUUAUGGUGAACGGUCAGCUCAAGUGCCUCGGCAGCCCUCAACACCUAAAAAGCAAGUUUGGUAGCGGGUACACGUUGCUUGCCAAGACUUCCAGAGAGGGAGAGAAUUUGGUUGCCUUUAAAGAUUUUGUACAGAGCGUCUUCCCAGGCAGCCAGCUGAAACACGAGCACCAGGGUAUGGUCCACUACCAUAUAACAAACCAGGAGCUGACUUGGGCACAGGUGUUCGGUACUUUAGAAAAGGCCAAGGAGAACUUUGACCUGGAGGAUUACUGUGUCAGUCAGAUCUCAUUGGAGCAAGUCUUCCUGAGCUUCAGUCAUUUCCAGCAGCCACCAGAGGCAUGUGUAGUAUAGAAGGACCUGGCAGAAGUUUGGGGCGUCUCAAAGGACCACACAGUUGGUCUACUUCUGAAUGCAGACACUGCCUUUGGUGCAGAUAGACUGGAUAAUUUUAACAGUCAUUUUAUGUUUGUCCUACAAUUUCCUCUGUGUGUCCGUCCAGGGUGGUUUUCCUCAACAGUGUCUCCGUCCAGAUCUACUCUGUUUUUGCCGUCUAGCCAGGACUUUUAUCCGCAGAGGAAGUAGUGUGUCCGUGUCUGUCUAACCAUUUCAGUUACAACAGUGAGGGUUUCUCUGUCCAGACUCAACGACGAAGAUUGUCCUAAUUCUAAACAUCCCAGUGAGGGCUGCGGCCGUCUGUUGCUGGACUACUGUGACCAGCUCGCUUACAAUGAUGACCAAUUUCCUCUGGUGCCUCCUUUUUUCCUACAUUUUAUAUACGUCCACUACAUAUUGUGAUAACCUGAUGUCCACCUCUCCCUUGUCCUCUGUCCAUCAUUUUGUCCUUCCGGGAGUGACCGCACUGAACCAAGAUCAACCACUGACAUUUGUCUGCUUGGCAUCCAUUCCUACAAGGCACUGGUCCAUCAGAAGACCAUUGUGAUGACCUAAUUGUUUUACUGCUGGAUUGCAAAACAUGCCUAGCACUACGAUGAUUUCAAAUCAUGCAACUUUUUGUUUGUUUUUGUUUUUUUAUAUAUAGGUGGACACUUUAGGCCAAAAAGGGAGUUCAGCAAAGAAGGGAUUUCGUAUUUCAGAAUCAUGAAUACUUAAAGAGAUUACUUGUAGUGUAACAUUACAUGCAGCGGUGGCACUACUCCCACAGUGCCUUACAGCUUUACAGGGUACCAACGAAGGUGCCGGGAGCUUUAAGGAAUGUCAGCUUCAACUUAGGGAGUGAACAGCUGAUAUUUUACCUGUUAACAAGAGGGGGUGCUGUUUUAUAAUGCAACUCAGCCUCCACCUUCCCAAAGAUGGAAUAACUAAAGUGAAUGUACAUCUUCCCUGUGGGACAGAAAGCCACUGCAUGGUCUGCACUGAUUGCCCUUGUUGCGAAACUAACCCAACGCUUGUGUUCUUCUGUGAACCGGGAACAAUGUGUGUGAUGUAAGGUCUCUUCGUCUUUUGGAACGUAUUUUAACUGCUCCAGACAGGCAUUUGAUUGUACAAAAACAAAAUAUAUAAAUAAAUCUUAUUUAUGCUGCUCUUUUGAAAGCCA